AUGGAUAUUUCUAAUGAAGUGACAGCGAUUGAGGAUGAGUUGAAUGAGAAGGAGCAUGAUUUGGGAUUUGGGGGUAAAAAUAAAUCUUUCCGGUAUCCUGAUUUUGUAUGUAGCCACAAUUCUCAACGUUUAUACAUCGAUGGUUCUUCGAAGUUUGGGUUUGUACAUUAUUUUAUGAAUAAUGUUAAGAUAGUGGUUAAAGAUGAAAUAUCUGAAUGUCCUGAUUUAAAAUCAUUUCAGAUAUUUAAAGACUGCUUCUUUGUUAAUCAAAAUUCAAAUUUAGAAAAAUACUUUGAUAUUGAAGUAUUGAAUAAAGAGAAUCACAAAAUAGAUGAUAAUGAGGGAACGUCAAUGUUAAGUGAUAUAACAAUGACACAAUUCAACUUCCCAGAUUUAACAAAUGAAAAACCAACCCACGUUCAACUUUUCCCCAAAGUUAUUAACAUAAGAUAUUCUUCCGGUAAAAAAAAUAUUCUAAGAUUGCUAAUUAACCAUCUCAACUGUUUAAAAUCACUAUUUGAAAAGAAGAAUAAACAAAUAGUUGCGAAUUUAUUUUUAGAUGUUAAAAGAAUUUUACAAUCAUACGUUGAAAUUGUAAUCAAAGAUGUGGUAAUAAAAUGGAUGCAAUGGUUAAUAAUAAUCCAGAAUAAGGAUUUAACGAAAAGGAGUUCAUACAGAAUCUUAUGUAAAAGAAUUAAUAGUUUGUUUUGGCGUCGAUAUUUUUGCAUGAGAAGUUCCUCAACAGAUUCAAUAACUUCAUUCAGUAAUCGUCUGCAUAGAAAUUUUCGAGAACAAAAUGUUAAAGAAAGAUCGAUUAUAUUUGCUGUGUGGUGGGAUGAGGUUAACGAUAUACUAUUAUUUAACAACGGUAUUUCAAUGCAAACUAGUGACAAAAGUAAAGAAGAAAAUAUAGUCGUAGCUUCACUGGGCCUGAUUUUAGAAGAUACAGAUAAAAACCAAGAACCAGAGAACAAAUUAUUAUUAUUUGUCAACAUGGCAAUCAUGGAAUGUCUUAAGCAAGAGUUGAAUCGAUACUAA